AUGGGGGGCCUCAACGAGGAUCAGGAAGACGCCGUCAUGUCUUUGGCUCUCCUGCAGAACAAGAUAAAGCGCGAUCCUGAGGCGUAUCGCGAGGAGUUUCUUCUGCAGCUCUCAAACUUCAGAGGCCUCUUGGUCGCGCUGAAAGAGCAGCCUUACCGACCAACCAGAAAACUCCAGAGCCUCGCCAUGUUCCUUGCACACACUGCCCCCUGCUACAGCGCAGAGGCAGCCGAUUCGUGGGCUUCUGGAGAUGCAGAGACUUUGGGGAAUUCAGAGAGAGCCUUGGUGUCCGACGCCUUUGGUCCUGAGGCAACAUCCUCCAUCCAGGGCCCCCUCGACGGGGGCCCUUCGCCAUCCGUGGAAUUGAAGGAGGCGAUGCAGCAGCUCCUUAGCAGCGCCGAGCUGCACCCGACAACGCGCCAUGCACUGCUCAAUGCUGUUCUUCUUCUGCGGAGUAAAAAGAUGCUGAGCUGCGAGGAGCUCUUGCAACAGUCCCUGGCUCUUCUGUGUCUAAAAGACAAGUUUGUGCGGCAACGUCUCAUGGCCUUUGUCGUUAAGGACGUCGCGAAAGUCUUCGGUUCAACGAAUAGCAACCAAGCUCGGGGCUUGCUGUUGAAUCGUCUUUUCGCGCUUCUGAAGAGCGGUUCCUCUCCCGUUGCAGCCCGGCUCGCACUCUGCUGCUUAUUUCAGGUGUACCGUCACCUCAGCCUCAAGCCACAGACGCGCAACAGCGACUUCGCUGCCAAGGUUGUCAACGCAGUGGUCGGGGCGACCCUUGCACCGGACGCCAAACUCGCCUCUAGUGGGGCUCUAUUCCUCCUGGGCGAGAUUCAGGCCGCAGCAACCCAAGCGAACUAUUCCGUCCAGGCAGAGGAAGAAGAGGGUGAGGAGGCAGUGGCAGCAGCCGCAGCGGCAGAGCUACAGCAGCACAGCGCCCUGCACUCGAAGAAGUCGCUUGCGGCCAAACGGAAGCUGAAAAAGCAAAAGCAACGCUUGCAGAAGCGUCUGGUGCGAAAGCAGCAACGAAUUGAGGAACAGCGCGAGCAGUGGGGAACUACGGCCUCUACCGCCAUCUUGGAUCUCAUUUACGACCCCCAUUCCUUCGCAGAAAAGCUUUUUGCCCGCGUGCGUCAGCAGCGCGAAAGCUUUGGCACGCGUGUUGUCUUCCUCAAUUUAUUGUCCCGUCUAAUUUCGCAUCACAAGGUGUUGUUGUUCAACCUCUACCCCUACUUACAGAGGUACAUGAAUCCCACGCAACGGCUGGUCCCUGCACUUCUCGCGGUCUCUGCCAACGCUGUUCAUGCCGGAGUUCCUCCCCAAGAAGUCUUGCCCCUCGUCAAAACGAUUGCAGACAACUUCGUGAACGACACGCGGGGAGAGGAGGUAAUCACACUGGGCCUCAACGCUAUAAUGGAGAUCUGCAGCAGAAAUCCGCAAUGCAUGACGGCCGAGCUGCUCGGAGACUUGCUACAAUACACUAAGCACAAGAGCAGCAAAAGCGUGUCUGCGGCUGCUAGGGGCCUUUUGAAUGUCUUUAGGGAAGUAUGCCCGACAAUGCUUCCAAAAGCCUUCCUGGGCAAGGAAGCUGCCAUACAGCUACAACGAAACACAGGGGGCCCCCUGGAGUUUGGGGCCCUCACCACCUCGACGACCCUCAGUCUACUGCCGCAGCUGGAGGCUCUAAAAAGGCGUUCCAAGGAGGAGCUGCAGAGGGCAUUGCGGGGUGCAGAGGAGGAAGAGGAAGAGGAGGAAGAGGAAGAGGAGGAAGAGACUGAUGAGGGUGAGAGUGAGGGCGAGGAAGGAGACGAUGACGCCCAGGGCAGCGAGACAGAGGGGGAGACAGAUGGUGAAGAGACAGAUGAAGGGGCAGAUGAAGCAGAAGAGACAGACGAAUACGAAGAAGACAGUGAAGCUGAGGACAGCCAGCCAGACGAAGAUGCACAUGGAGAAGAGAUAGACAAGGAAAAAAUAGAAAUAGAGCAACAAUCAACACAGGAAGCAACCGAAGGAGGGCAGCCACCAAAGAAGAAACGCCGCCUUCAAACAGCGGCAGGAGACGCAGCAACUAAGGAGGAGAUUUCAGAAGUGCAAGCAGAAGCGGAUCACGUUCCAGAGGGUGGUGCACGUUUGCUAACUGAUGCAGACUUUGCAGCUCUGCGUUUGUUGAGAGCAAAGCACUUGGCACAGCAGGUCAGAGGAGGGUCGCGGAAGAAGGGGGGCCUUCAAGUUGACUCGGAGAGGGAUCUGAAGCUGCUCAAGUUACUUACUGCGGAAGAAGACAUGGAUAGCCAAGCUGCAAAUAGCAGUGAUAGCAGCAGUGACAGCGAAGACAGCGAGGAUGAAACUGAGGGACACCGUCAGGAGGUAAGGGGCGAUGGGUUUGUGUCAGAGCGAGACCUGGAAGGUAUUGCGGGCCGCAAGCGGCGCAGGGCGAGAGAGCGGGCCCGGGAACGCGAGGAGAAGCUGCAGCAGAAGAAACUAGGUGGCAAAAAGUGGCAGCAAGAUACUGAAAACAAAAAGGGCUCAACGCCUCAGCACGUCAAAGACAGAAGGAAACCCUUGCUUAUGAUCCAACAGAGCCGCCGCCUCAGGGAAAAAAAGCAGCUUAGUGUGCGGGAUAAAGCAGCGAACCUCAAGAAGAGAAUUAAAAACCUGAAAAAGAGCCAAGUCGGGAAGCCUAGGAGGCGCAAGAGGUAG